AUGUGUGACGUACUUAAAGAAUUGUCAUAUUUAUCUCGUGAAUUACAAAGUCAUUCAAUUACAUUGUCGCGUGCUGAUGAAUCAAUUAAAAGAACAAUCAGAGUGAUUGAUUCUUUUAAAACCAAAAAUGGAGAUUUCAUGUUAGAAGCUUUAACUGCACAAAAAACUAUGAUAUUCAAAACCAUAGUUUUAUCUAGUAAUAAAAAAGUAUGCUAUUUAAACCAUAAACAAUUUUUGACAAGUUUAUGUACUAACCUUAACUCACGUUUACUUGAAACAAAUGAAGAGGAAUCUUGUAUUUUAAAUGAUAUGCAAAUUUUAAAUGAACAUACAUGGCCUUGUACAGUUGAAAAUAUAAGAUUUGGCGAAGAUGAAAUAAAGAGAUUGACGAAUAGAUUUCUAUUAAAUACAGAUAAUGCAAUUCAAGGCUUUCGAAAAUAUAUUAACAAUAAAAUUAUCAAUGACGAGUUAAAAGAAUUGGACAUUUUAAUAAAAACAUUUCCAGUUUCAACGGCUGAAUGUGAAAGGGGAUUUAGCCAAAUGAAUUUAAUAUGUUCAGAUCUCAGGUCUAGAUUAUCCGUUACUAACAUUUCUAGUCUAAUGUUUAUAAAUAUUAAUGGACCACCAGUUGCAAUAUGGAAUCCAACAAAUUAUGUAAAAAGUUGGCUGAUCAAACAUAGAUCUACACAUGAUAACAGAUCUCGAAAAGUUGCACAGAUAAAAUUAAAUGAAGAAAAGGCUAGUCUAUGGAAAAUUUUAUAA